AUGAGGACCUCCAGCCUCCUCCUCCUCGCCAUUGUCACCAUCGUCGCCGUGGUUUAUCCCGUUGCCACGUCUGCUCGGCAGCUUUAUUACCCGAUUGAGGGAGAGGUCAUCGACACGCCAUUCUUCCAGAACCUUGGCGGGUGGGCGGUGACAGAGCACGUCAAGCAGGCGAACGAUGGGCUCAAGUUCGUCAAGGUGUUUAGCGGCGAGAAGCAGCAGUUAUUGACUGGCGUGCGGUAUCACUUUGUCAUCAUUUCGUUGAACGGAAACGGCAGUACCGGUAGGUAUGAUGCGGAGUUGAUCGACAGUAACACACGCAAGCUCAUCUCGUUCGCCCCGGCAAACUAA